AUGACUUCACACACCAACAAAGUGCCAAUGCUUCAAAUGCUGCUGCUAACGUGUCUAGUGGAGCGCUACACCGCCACCAGUUGGCGGCAAGUGAAACCAAUGUAUUUGCUGUCCAUGCCGGAACCGACCGAUGAUUAUUCUGGUGAGCCGAUGGUUUUCAGUUUAGAAGCGGACGCUGACGCAGAAGACGAUAUGCGGUUGCAUCGUACGCCCGCGAUGGAUCGUAUUUUUGGCGGCAGCGUCGCACAACGUCAUAGCUUUCCAUAUCAAGUCGGUUUGUUGUUGCAGCGGCCCAAGGGGCUGUACUGGUGUGGUGGAGCAUUGAUUUCGGAUGAAUAUGUCUUGACUGCGGCACAUUGUGUGGAUAUGGCCAAGCGUGCUUUAGUGUUUCUCGGUGCUCAUGAGAUUAAAAACGCCAACGAAAUGGGCCAAGUACGCAUUAUGGUUAAGCGUAACAGUUUCAUCAUAUAUCCAUCGUGGAAUCCGCGUCGUCUCAAAGAUGACAUCGCUUUGGUGCGCUUGCCAGUGCCUAUCGAAUUUAACGAUCGCAUACAGCCGAUUCCAUUGCCGCGUCGCAGUUAUGAGUACCAAGACUUUGAAAAUAAAUUAGCCAUCGCUUCCGGCUGGGGGCGCUAUGCGAUGGGCGCGCAUGCUAUUAGCAACGUGCUACGUUAUGUGAGGCUGCGCAUAAUCGACGGUUGGACUUGCAAACGCAGUUUCCCGCUUUCAUAUCACAGCACGAAUAUCUGUACGAGCGGCAAGUAUGCGCGUUCCACUUGCAACGGCGAUUCUGGCGGUCCACUGGUUGUACGUCGCAAACACACGAAAAAACGUAUACUCGUCGGUCUCACAUCAUUCGGAAGUAUACAUGGCUGCAAUCUCGGCUAUCCGGCGGCAUUUACGAAAGUCGCUUCAUACCUGGACUGGAUUAAUGAUGAAACCGGCAUUGAAUUGUGGCACGAAUCAUCGAACGCGAUUGUUUUCAAAAAGAUGUUAAAAGAUUACGAGCGAAAGCAACGCAGAUACAAAUACCUAAAGGAGGAUUUAACGAUGGAAGACGAAGAAGACUGGAAUGACAGCACUGAACAGAUACCCGAGUUUACACCAACACGCCUGAAUCGCCCAUCCAGGGUUGGCCGCACGUCGUAUACUUUAAGGCCGCCAAGGCAAAGGCUACUUGAAGUAAUUUACAAUUCACCACCGGAUGGUUCGAUAAGACCGGCAUUGAUUUAUAGAACCGAUAACGAACAUAAUGAUUUCAUACAUUUGCUUGUGUUCAUAAUGAAUCGUCAAUGA